GUCAUGCUCGGGGCAAUAACCCGGAAACAGAAGUGGAGCUGGUGCCCGCCCUCUGACCCCCCACGUGGGACGGAAGGGAAAAAGGGGAAGCGACUGAGGUUUACAGUGGAGAUGAGAAUGGGUGAGUGUCCUGUGCAGAAAAUGGCCUCCUGUCUGAGAUCUAGUGUUCAACAGCCUUGAAAUCAGCUUUUGGUGGGGGCCAAAGGUUGGCAGCACUAAGAUGUUUGACAGGAACAAGCCAACUGAUGAAGCUUCUGCUUCUUCAGCACAAGGUAUAGAAAGACGAGCUAUCGAAGGAUCCCUACAACAGGAGAGCAGUAGCAGUGUAAUUAUACGAGGGCCAGAGCAGGCUGGACCUGGGUUAUCCAGUGUGCAAAAUAGACAAGGCUAUUGCAACUGCUGCCACGUGCACUACAGCAAUCUUGAACAGCAUGUUUUCAGUUCCCAGCACAGACAUUUCACCAUGUACUGCAGGAAUCGCACAGGUACCACCAUCCUGAUGGAGCGUUUCCUGCAAGAUGUUCUGCAACAUCAUCCCCACAGAUACCAUGACAACAGACCAACAUAUGAUGACAUGCCAUUUCCCAUCUCCCCAAUGGCUCCCCAGGAUAUUUUCCUGCUUCCAGAAGAGGAGGAGAAAGAGGUGGUAAGAAGCAUACGGGAGAUGCCUGGCACAGAUAGUGAAUCCAUUGUUAAAUCAUGCGCCCCUUCUCCUUGCAGAUCUCAGGAGGGCAUAAAGUCAAUUUCUGUGCCACAGACAUUUAUCCAAAAACUAAAGAUGGGACAGGAACACGUCUUAGAAAUAUCUCAGCAAACUUUGGACAUCUGUAGCAAUGAGAAAAAACAUACACUAAUGGAUGGCACUCAGAUUGCAAAUAGUAGCCAUGAUGGCCAGUUUACAGAUGUGAGCCCAGUAUCUCACCAUUUGCGUAGCACCCCUUUAUGUCACAGUUCUCCUGUUGGCCCUGUAAUUGCAAAAAAUAUUAGGUACGCAGCAACAUCAAAUUUGAUUCCAAGUAGCAGAUAUGAUCACGUUCAGAAGGAUGUAUGCCACAAGGAUGGAUCAUUAAACACAAAUCCUAAUCCUGUUCUGGCAUCAGUCCACCCAAAAAACCCUUCAUUUUCAUGUCAGAGACCUACCUGCAGCCAAGGCAACGCUUCAUAUAUUAUCUCAGGUCAAUCUUUUUUUAAACUAGAUGGUUUACAAUCUCAGGAUGAAACUUUGGUGUCUGACUUCUGUCUCAGGGAUCUUGUGGGUACUAGCAACUCACUAAGUUUUGGGGCAUCCCCACAUUUAACAAGAUACAAAGACAUGAAGGUGAGCAGCUUUGAUGAAACUUCAGUAGAUGAGAUAAUUGAAGAAGUCAUUCUGAAGUACUGCCAUGGAGCUUCACCUAAUGAGCUUUCUUGCAAAGAUGAAGAGAGUAAUUCCUAUUUAAAUAUUUCAUCACUUCUGGAUCACAAUAGUCUAGAGGGCUCUGAAAUGAGUUUUGAUUGUGAGACACCUGUUUGCUCAGGAGCAGGCCUACCCAAGGCAGCUACAAAGGAUAUAGAAUUCCUAAAAGAGGUCCAAGUAAACCUGGAAGAUAGGAACUAUGGAACUCAACUUAGUUCUGUUCUAAAAGGUGGUUCAGUGGAGCAAACAGAAGCAGCAAAACAGGAUAUAAUAAUUCAUAAUGAGGAACCAGUUCUUCCAGCUCUGCCUCAUGUGCCUCCUUCCUUUGUGGGAAAGACGUGGUCCCAGAUAAUGUAUGAAGAUGAUAUAAAAAUUGAAGCACUUGUGCGUGAUUUCAAGGAAGGUCGUUUCCGUUGUCAUUUCAACAGCGAACCGUCUGCCAACUGUACAGGGAAGGGAAUGAGGAAGAAGAAGCAGAAAGAUGAAAGGAAGAGUGACAUUGUUACAGGUAACAGAACAGAAACUUCAUCGAUUAAAGCAUUGCCAGAGUUGAAUGAUGCUAUAAGUGGUGGUUCUGAUUUUGAUAAUCUUUUGGCCUCUGAUACACUAUGCAACCCACAAAUACUUCAGAUGCCUAGAAAGAGGACGUGGCGCCUUGCUUCAAGAUGCCAAGUGGUCAAAGUCAGCCAUGGAACCCAAACCAGUUUAGUGAACUAUCCAAUAGUAAAAAGAAAAAUCAUUAGAAAGGAGCCUGAUCCACCCGAUCAGAAAGCAAACAUUAUUUGGUCAGAGAAUGAAAGAAUUUCAAACAUGAAAACCAGACUGUGUGCCCUCAAGCUUCCUGAAGCAUAUACCAAAAUUAUGAGCCCUCUGCAGCCCAAGACAGUGGUUUAUGUCCUUUCAUGUCCAGAGAUUAAACAAUAUAAAGGCAAACCCAUAGAUGUUCCCAAAAUGAGGAGAAAUCACAGCUCCACAGACAGCAAGGAUUCUGUAAGGUACAGAUACAAACAAUGUUCUUUUAAGUAUUAUGACCCACUGACAAAUCGAAUUCUGAAAACACCUCCCAAGAGCACAAUUAGAGAAAAAGCCAAAAAGCCCUCCCAUGUUCGACAACUGUUUAGGAGUCUAAGCCUUGAUGCAAACACAAAGAAAUUAUCUGAGACACAGAAAGAAUGUACACCAUCUAAAUUCUUCAAUUGGCCAGGGUCCUAUAGUUCGUCUUCAGCGACUUUCCUGUCAGAUCCAGUUAAAAGGAAUGAUAUAAAUUCAAGUCUGAGGACAGAUGGAGCUUCCAUUUCCAGAGAAAGGUCUGAUUUUCCGAUAUUUGUUCACUCAGAGAAGUCCUAUAAACACGUCGUCAUUUCACCUUUCAGCUCCCAUCAGUCUCAGAUAGAAGAUGUUAGAUUAACCCCAGUUAAUAGCAGCGUUGCCAAAACACCUUUGAAGUCAAUCAGGAGUGAACGGUUGGAGAGGGAGAAUUCAAAGACAAUGUGGAAGAGGAAAGAAGGCACUAGUAGAGAACCAGGUCUUUCCAAAAAGGCUUCAGGACCCAUGUCUGUCAAUUGUGGCCUUGUGAGAAGAGGAAGUAGAGUAGCCUCAGGCAAACAAGCAUCCAGAACUAAAAAGCAAAAAAAAGAGCAGAUAAGAAGGGAGCUCUCCUCUUGUGCCCAAAAAUCUUCUGUCUUCUCCAUCCAUAGGCAUCAGACAAGGAAACCUACUUUGAGAAAGCACCUCAAAACGGAAAAACUUGAUGCUAAAAAGCUAAAGGUUAGGAGGAAACCCAGGACGACAUUUUUGAACUCUACAGUCAUUUCAGGGAUUACUGAAAAGAGGCAGAAAAUCACAGCAGGGUCUUUUCCAAAGAAGCCAGAACUAGCUUCUUCCAAAGUUAGGAGCUGGGAGAUAAGGAUCUCCCCAGCACUGUGAAACAGACCUCUGGAAGAACUUCUCUUAUACCUGUAUUGGGAGGUUGUCUUGUUUUACCAGGAGAUAGCUAGCCAAUAAAAUGACAAACUUUUACUUACCCAACAACUGGGAAUAGGCUGAGGAAGAGUGAACGGAAGGUGUUUAUACAAAAUCCAGGUAAUGUGCCAGAACUGCAGAUACAAUAAAUUGAAAGUCCGAUAAUAAACUACUGUAGCAACAAACUAAUUUCAUAUUGCUGGAAUAUGGGCACACUAUACAUUGCACUGUUUUUCUUCGAGUGAUGGUCCCUAUUGAAUUCCACUGAGGAUUUGCAUGUGUGCCAUGCGUCUGGAGCUGGAGAGUAUGAAAGUAGUAGUGUCCAUUGGUCUGCGCAUGCACCUUUGCCUUGCCUUGUGGAUUUGUACUAGGUGAUAAAGAGUGGGGUGGACGGACUGCAUAUCCAGUUCUUUCUCACAGCUGAAUGGUCCAAGUCCAAGCUAAUAGUGUCCUCUCAUCUCUGAUGCACUUUUAAAAGAAAAAUGUUUUAGAAAUUGUCUAUAGUUAGUUUUUUAUUCUGCUGUUAUUACUGUUUCUUAGGUAGUUAAGUUUUUAGUAAUAGUUUUUGUAGGAUUUGGACUUUGGGGGAAUCUGUUUUUCUAGUCCCCAGCAGUCACACGCCCGUGCUGGAUUAUGCCGAAGAUGCCAGGAUUCAAGAUUUGCUCUUCCUGCCCCCGUUUUGUUCUCCAUCAGCAAUGAGCACCAACACUGCUUCUACUGCUUGAGAGAAGCCCAUAUUUUAUCAGCAGUAUAUGCCAGUCCUUCUCAAAUCAUACCUGAGAAGGCCGGGCUUUCCUUCUCAAGAAGCACCUCAUGGAGGUUACCAUGAUGCCACAGUUGGGCCCAGUCCAGUGACCAACCCCUGUACAUCUGCCUGAGAAACCUAGUAGUGUGCCUCUGGCCUCGGAGCUUGAACCUGGCUCUGGUGGUACCGCUGCUAUGGACCCCAUGCCUGGGCUUAGUCAGGAGGCAAGGAAGCAUGGACAUAAGCAUGGCAGUAAGUCUUCCUCCAAACCAAAAAAGAAUGAUGCACUUUCCAUGAGUUCCAGCCACAGAGAAGCAGCCUGUUCCAAGGCGCUCAUGCAUGACACAAAAUUUGUGCAGACCAACAGAUCUGCUGGUAAAGAGAACCAAGCUGCACAUGCCUUCAGUGUCAGCUGCCCUUAAGACAAGUGAGCCACCAGUUCCUGGACAGUCCUCUGCUCUAUUGCUGGCUACAGAAUAGGUACCAUUGAUGCUGGGAUGCUUGGAGAAAGCACUGGAGUCACAUGAGCAGUUUGCCCUGGGGGAACCAAGAUGUUCGCAUCUUCCUCUGCCACCUGUGCCUAAAAAAGGCUAAUCUUCUAUCUGGCAUUUGCCACAGUCAGGCCCCACUUGGAUACCUCCUCCUUCUGUGGAUUGCACGCUUCUGACGGUACUGCCAUUGGAACCAGGAUCUGAGUUUUCAUUGUCCUUGGUUUCCGAUGGAGCACGAGAGCCGCUCGUUCCCUAUUGCCAGGGUGAGUACCCAAAAGGACUGUCAGUGGCGUGGGCAAUCCCCUCCCUUCCCCAACAACAGAGAAGCCACUGGUUGGCUUCACCCUGGGGCCCUUCGCAACAUCCACUCAAUCAGUCUUUCUGGCCCUUUUGAGGGUCCUGAGCUCAGUACCUAUUCUCAGAACCUGCCUAUUCCACGAGGGAGGCUUUGCCUCUGUUCCCGGUUAGGGCACCUUUGAGAGACGCUCUGAACAAGUUAUGGAUGAUGAACCGCUCAGUCCUGUUCCAACGGUACUGCCAGAGCAGGAAUGCUUCCCUUCAUCCUCUUCAAACGCUGCAGUCCCUUCAGCCUCCCCUUUGUCUCCUGGUGACUUUUGCCAGUUCCAGGAACUUCUGCAAAGGAUGGCGGAUGAGCUGCAUAGUCCACUGGAGGAAGUACAAGACAAACUGCAUCAGCGCCUGGACAUCUUUCAUUCCUUGGUAUUGAACAGGGUUGCCCUACCAAUCAACAAUGCUAUUUUUCAGCCAGCUUGAACGGUUUGGCAUAUCCCGGCCACUUGAACACAGAGAAGAGAUACUACAUACCGACCCAGAGGUCGGAGUUUUCUUUCCCUACCCUGAUUCUCUUGUGGUGCAAGCAGCAAUGGAACACUCCAGACAAAAACAUCUGUGCUCCACCCCGACAGAUAAGCAGGGCAAACAUUUCGAGCUUCUGGGAUGCAAGGUCUUCUCUUCAGCAAACCUCCAAUUCCAAAUUUCAAACUACCAGGCCUUGUUGGCCAAUUAAUGAUGGCAAAGUGAAGGACUUUAUUGAAAAGCUGCCUCAGCAAGAUUGAGCAUGUUUCCAGUCUAUCCUGGAGGAGGGUAAGCUGGUGCUUCAGUCGGCUGUGAAUGCUGCAGAUAGCACUUCACGCUCGAUGGCCACAGGCAUUGUCAUGCGAAGGGAAUCAUGGCUUCACUCAUGCAGUUUUCCCAGAUAAUGGCAGAAUACUAUUGAGGACGUUCCUUUUGAUGAGUCACCUAUUUAAUCAGAAAACCGACAAAUCCCUCAAUCCCCUCAAGGAUUCCAGAGCCACGCUUAGAUUGCUGGGUAUCUAUACACUUGAACACAAGAAAAAUUCUACUGCCUACUCCCUACAGUGAUUCACGUCUCCCUUGUUCUUCUAUCAGAGGCCAUAUAAGCCUCAUUGUAAGUGCCAGAAGACCCAACGAAUCCCAUCCUCCAGGCCCGGCUUCUCAGGCUUCAUGAUCUUACAUGCAAUCCUCUCAGAAGUGAUAUUUCUGUGUACCACUAGAGAACCGUCAACCACCAGGCCCUCUGCCAUGGAGCCAACCCAUCCCCUUUGGGAUCAUUUAGCACUCUUCUUACCAGCUUGGAGUGCAAUAAUAACUGAUAAGUGGGUCCUGGAUGACAUCCAUUAUGGUUAUACAAUUGAGUUCACUACACUGCCUCAUCCAGAUCCCCUGCCUUGAUCCCUUUUCAGGGACCACUCUCAUGACAGCAUCCUUGCCCUAAAAAUAGAGUCUUUACUGCAAGGGGGAGCAAUAGAGCACAUUCUUUCAAACUAUCAGGACACAGGGUUAUUCCACUUACUUCCUGGUACCCAAGAAAAAGGGUGUCUGGAGACCAUUCCUGGACCUUCGGCACUUUAGCUGCUUCAUCUGCAAGCCCAAGUUUGUUAUGGUUACCUUAGCAGCCAUCAUACCUUCUCUAGAAAAAGGCAUGUGGGUUUACGGCUCUAUUUUCGUAUAGACAUCCAUCCAACCCACAGGAGAUUCCUGAGGUUCACGUUGGGUCCUCAGCAUUUGCAAUGCAGGGUUCUACCAUUUGGACUCACCACUGCUCCCCGGGUCUUCACCAAAGUUUUCUCUCUCAUAACAACCCACCUCAGGCACACUGAGGACCUUAUUUUUCCUCUUCCUCACACCCUCACGCUCAGUGGAAUACAAUAAGAACUAUCACUUGAAGAAGAACAUGUUACUUACCUGUAACUGGAGGUUCUUUUGAGAUGUGGGUCCCUAUCUGUAUUCCACUUUCCUCUCUGCUGUGAUCUAUUUGAUUUGUGGUGUAGAAGGAACUGGAGACAGGGUUGGUCUGCUCCACCCUUUAUUGCCUUGGACAAAUCCAUGAGGCAAGGGAAGGGUGUAUGUGCGGACCACAGGACAGUACUGCUUUCAAAUUUUCUGGCUCCCAACACAUGACCUGCAUGCAUAAACCCUCUGCAGAAUACAGAUAGGGACCACCCAUCUCGAGGGUAAGUAACCUCCUCUUCUAUUGUGUAAAGUUACAGAAAUUGUGUAUUUGUUUAAAUUAAGCAUUUAGGACCUUAUUUACUACACUUCAGUGCACUGUCACCCUUUACAGGAAACAAACUGUGAGCUUGAAUUGUAUCAUAUUGUAUUGUGUGAUAGUAAAUUCAGUGCAUUAUGGCGCACUAGACUAUAAUAAAGUAUCAUGUAGAAUCAACAUUACUUAUUGUGCCUACCUUUCCUCACAAUUGUAAAGUGUAAAAAUAUGAUUAAACAAUUGCACUAGAAAUUAAACAGAGUAAUAUUAAUUAGUAAGGAAUACAUAUUUUGUGUUUGUAUGUGUAUAUUCACACCUAAUUUAUACAUACAAUACAUUUUCAAGACUGUUUCAAAGGCAGUUUAAAUUAAUACAGUAUGAUACAAAGCAGAUCAGUGCAAUGGUGUCUUCAACAAAAUAUACAAUUACAGUAUUGUAGCAAGUUGUGUAAUUAGUGUUUUUCUAAAACCAUGUCCAGCUUUAUUGGACAAGACAAGAGCACUGUGAACUUUCACUCUAGCAAUAACGGAUGGUGUUGGUAAGGAAAUUAUAAUCUUUCCAGUACUAUACAAGCAACAUGGUUGAGGUCCUAAUGAAACCUCAAAAACCAAAAGAAAGUUAGAGUUAAAUCUGAAAAUUUAGCUUAAUGGUUUGAUUCAUAAUUCACCUUUGAAUCGUUGAAUAGAGAAGAGAAAAAGGUUGUACUGGUGAGUGUGAAUGACAGUGGGUUAUCUUAAAUUUCAGCCUUAACUGUUAAGUCCUUUUGUUUUACCUGUUUUUACUUCAACUUAGUUUACUGUAGUUGAGAGUUUACUUCUUUUUAAAACUUAGUAAAAUAUUUUAAAAAACAAUCUAAGGCCAUGAGAGUUUAGUCAGCUAAGGACUAUUUUGUAAAUAUUUAACUGCAGUUUUUAAAUAAUCAUAUUCCAUACUGACUUAUGGUUGGUUAUUGACAGUCUUAACAAUUCCACAUACCUCUAGGUGGGUACCUGCUAAAUUCACAGCCAUGAAAAACACAUCAUGGACCGUGAAAUCUGAUCUCCUGUGUGAGAUCUGGCUAUUGUAGGGUAGUCACGGUAUUCCCACCCUUACAUUUGCGCUGCUUUCAGAACUGGGCAGUCAGAGAGUGGCAUCUGCUGACGAGGUGUCUGCCACCACCAGUGCAGAAGUAGAAGUGGCAUAGUAUGGAUGGGGUCAUGACUUUUGAGGGAAGCAGGCCUGGCCUUACAGUGGGCGAUAUGGGUUAACCUCCCAGGGUGUCGUGGUCAGGA